UACUUUUGACGGUCUACUCUCACUUUGAACCGGUGUCAACAAACAACAACGACAUUAUUUUCGUCCUAAGCUGCACCGCUUUGGCAACUACAUUUCCAAGAGCUUCAGCACUGGCGAAUAAAAUCGGAGAAACUGAUAAACUAACUUUUAUUAACCAUCAAAAAAAAAAAAAUCUGAUUUUCUUCUUUUUUUUGUCGUCACAUUUGACUCCUCAGAGGGUUGUAGCUGUGUCGGGACAUUGGUGCUUACCCAUAGCUCGGGUGAGGCUAACCCUAACCGAGGCUAACCGAGGCUAACCUUCCUGGAAGCUUCCUCACGUGCGUAAAGACGAUUUCAACGACUCGUUCUCGCGGCACAUUCGGUGUUGGAGCAACAGGCAGCCCGUUAGGAGGAGGUAUCCGUAGUCACUGGGGUGGUGGAGGGUAUGACUGCGUUGGCGGGGUCAAUACCCAGGAUGAUGCGACCCACGCUGGCUCAGAACUACCCCCGCAGUGGUUUCCCUUUGGAAGUGUCUACCCCGCUGGGUCAGGGCCGAGUGAACCAGCUCGGAGGAGUUUUCAUAAAUGGCAGACCUUUGCCUAACCACAUUCGACAUAAAAUCGUGGAGAUGGCCCACCACGGCAUCAGGCCGUGCGUCAUCUCCCGACAGCUCCGGGUCUCCCACGGCUGCGUGUCCAAAAUCCUGUGCCGGUACCAGGAGACGGGCUCCAUCAGACCCGGGGCCAUCGGUGGCAGCAAACCAAAGCAGGGAACGACGCCAGACGUAGAGAAGAGAAUAGAAGAAUACAAGCGGGAAAACCCGGGUAUGUUUAGCUGGGAGAUUCGGGAUAAAUUACUGAAGGAUGGGAUAUGUGACCGCAACAACGUUCCUUCAGUGAGCUCCAUCAGUCGCAUCAUGCGGAGUAAGUUCGGGGGAAAAGGCGAUGAAGAGGAGGAUGAAGAUGAAAUCGAGAAGAAAGAGUUGGAGGACAACGAGCGGAGGGCCAAACACAGCAUUGAAGGGAUCUUAGGAGACAGAUCGAGUCACUCAGAUGAGGGCUCGGACGUGGAGUCAGAGCCUGAUCUGCCGCUUAAGAGGAAACAGCGGCGCAGUCGGACCACCUUCACAGCAGAGCAGCUGGAGGAGCUGGAGAGGGCCUUCGAAAGGACUCACUACCCAGACAUCUACACCAGGGAGGAACUCGCUCAGAGGGCCAAACUCACCGAGGCCAGGGUUCAGGUUUGGUUCAGCAACAGGCGGGCGAGGUGGAGGAAGCAAGCAGGAGCCAACCAACUGAUGGCAUUUAAUCACCUGAUCCCAGGGGGUUUCCCUUCUUCAGCCAUGUCCAGCAUCCCCCCCUACCAGCUCUCUGAGAGCACCUACCCUCCCUCAUCUAUAGCACAAGUGUCGGAGCCCCCCAGCACGCUGCAUCGGCCCCAGCCACUCCCUCCCUCCUCGGGCCACCAGUCCUCCGGUGGUGGAGGGCAGGGGGAAGGAGGCUCUCCAUACUGCCUCGCCUCUGGACGCCACUCCUUCUCAGGCUAUUCAGAUAGCUUUGUGAGCCCCGGAGGACCAGCCAAUCCCAUGAACCCAGCCAUAGGGAACGGGCUCUCUCCACAGGUGAUGGGUCUGCUCAACCCUGGUGGUGUGCCACAUCAGCCCCAAAGCGACUACGCCAUCUCCCCUCUGACUGGUGGCCUUGAGCCCCCUGCAGGUAUGGCGGCCAGCUGCAGCCAGCGCAUGGAUCACAUCAAGGGCCUGGAGGGACUCACCAGUGUCCCCUCCAUGUCGGCUCUGCCCUCCCUGCCCAGCUCCCAGUCCUACUGCACCCCCUCCUACAGCUCAUCGGGCUACACCGUCGACCAUGUGGCGUCCUACCAGUACGGCCAGUACGGACAAAGUAAGGUGCCCUUCCUUAUCUGAGGCCUGAGAUCACCUGAUUAUGAGCUUCAGACUACACAGAGGGAUAUUUGUGUGUACAGCGAUGGAAAUCUUUUAAUAUCUGGACCAAAACUUUGUUUCCACUUACCAGGACAUAUUCUCUACUGCAGGACAUUAUGUUAUUCAUUCUUGGUGGAGAAAAGAACAGAAAAAAAGAAGGGACCAUACAAUGGAAUAUCUGACCAAAAACUGUGAGUGACCGAACACUGCUGCAUCAGUAUUGUAGACGACCAACAGAGAUGUCAGCUCUUAGUAUGGUCAGCUCAGUGAAGUUUUGACCAUCUACAGUGUUGUGUAGAGACGCUUUCUGCAAUCCAGUGACCAAACACCAUCUGUGGCCUCUGCCUGCGGCGUCUUCGUGAGGACAGCAAACCCAGAUCCAUCGUCACAGAAUACCAGCCUUUGAGCUGAUGCUUGAAGAAGCAUGUUUACAUUUUUUUAGGGCCACAUGAGUACAUAUGAAAUUCCAUGUAUCUCCAAAUUAAUCCCCAAGUUGUAUCUGCUGAAAGGGGAAAAGAAAAGGGCUUUGUUGAUUUUAUUGCAUUUAUUUGAGAUCUGUGCAUCCCACACAUGGAGAGAAAUUCCAGAGACAGAGAAAACAAACGUGAGCAAACGAUUCUGUGGGUUUUAUUGUAUCAGAAACUCUAAUGUACACCACAGCUGUACUGCAGAGAGAGUUCAUUCAAACAUUUCUCCUCCCCCCAUCCCCCUCUGUUUCUCCCCCUCUCUUCUCUCCCCUUUCUGUCUUACUCCUUCUGUCUCAUUGAUGUUUUGGACGGUGAGGCCUUUUGUAGUUUUAAAGAGGAACUUGGAGGAGGUCAGGGGGUGACUUUAGGGAAAGUGACAGAUGAGAGAGCAGUAGAGCAGGGCGGUGGAGAAGUGGCUUUAAAGGGGGUGGGGGGGAUAGGCAAGAUCGAUCACAGGGUUAAAAAUCCCUUUAAAGAUCCUCUCCUGGCGAGAAAAAGCCACCAGGUCACAAGUCACGACGAGAGACACUUGAGAAACCGAAAGACCGAGAGAGAGUUUAGACUAAAGACAGCCAUUCUCCCAGCUGACCAGAAGUGCAAUAUCAUGUAUCUGUCAACCUCAACCAUUAUAUAGAAUCAAAAAAUCAAACGUGCCUCUUAAAGUCUGACGGUACACUUUGAAUUCAUUCUCUGGAUCUGGUUUGGGAUUUUGCAAAGGAACAAGACGUAUGCCUUUGACGGCUUUUGAAUCCAUUGAAACAUUGUUAAUAUUACUGUAAUAGUACCAGAUUUGUAAGGACUCGAGGGAAAGCCAAUGUAAACAGAAAAUCACCAGGAAUGACAAAGCCAAAACUGUAUUUUAGUUUAUUGUGUUGCUUUUUUGUUUCCAUUUUGCAUACACAGGAAAUAUUGAUUAGAUCUGUAACACAUUCCAGACAUAUUUAUUGUCACAUAACAGUGUGUCAACAGCAUCACUGUACAACGUCCCACAAUGUACAAGCGAGCGACAACAAUUAAUCUAUCAGACCGCGGCUCAGACUAACAGAGUGCCUGCAGAAGCACUCGUGUUUUGUACUUCUUUCUGUGUUAGAAUGAACCAAUCCUUUCAUUGUUUUGAUAUAUUUUUUGUAUUAAUGGACAAAGCGAUAUGACAUAAUGUCAUGUGUACAAGCGCAUUAUCACUACUAUUUAUAAUAAAAUAAAAGCUCUGAAAAUAGCAGCUGUUUUUUUUCAUUCUUUAUUCAGCUGAUGGUAAUUACUAAAUGGAGUCUUUGUAUUUAUUUUUGCCACAACUUGUGGAAAAAUAGAGCGAGCGACUGUGAUUCACUCUAUAGAGGAACACAAAUGCACUAAGAGACAAAUAUGUACUUUUGAAGGCGCUCAUGUGAACCCUCCAACCAAAAUAGGCCCGGUCAAAUGGGGAUCACCAGACAUUAGAUUUGACACUGAACACAACAGGCUUUCUCACGGAUGGCUGUAAAUGCUCAGACAUCUGCAUUGGUGUGUAUUAAUACCCCUGCUGGCCCUUGCUACUGCAACAAACUGACUUUUGUUUAGCAACCUCUCGGAUG